AAUCGCUUCCCCUUAAUAUAUACUCUGUUUAUCUCUUCAUCCCCUUCCCUCUUUCUAUCUCAAGAAACUCUGUUCAACAAACCCUAGAUCUUGACUCACGAUGUACGGCGGUGGCGGCGAAUCCAAUCAACCUCUUUCCAGUGGAGGUUAUGGUGGAGGCGGAUAUGGCGGAGAUGGAGGUGGUUAUGGUGGUGGUCGUGGUGGUGACGGAGGCGGCUAUGGAGGUGACGGAGGCGGUGGAUAUGGAGGUGGUCGUGGAGGCGGUAGAGGGGGAGGAUAUGGAGGUCGUGGUGGUUCUGGAGGAGGCUAUGGCGGUGGAGGUGGUGGUGGUUAUGGCGGUAAUCCUGAUAAUCGAGGUGGUGGAUAUCAAGGAGAUCGAGGAGGUCGUGGUGGAGGAAGAGGAGGCAGAGGUGGCGGUGCUGGUCAUGGAGGAAGUGGCAGAGAUGGAGACUGGUCCUGUCCCAAUCCAGGUUGUGGGAACCUGAACUUUGCUAGAAGAACUGCUUGUAACAAGUGUGGGGCUCCUGCUCCUGCUGGCGCUGGCAGCGGCGGUGGAGGUGGUGGAGACUAUAGAGGUGGAGGUGGUGGUUACAAUAGAGGAGGAAGUGGAGGUUAUGGAGGUGAUAGAGGAGAUAGGGGUAGUAGGGAUAACAAUUAUGAAGGUGGGAGAGGUGGUGGUAGCAGGGGUGGGUCGGAUGGUGGGUAUGGUCAAGGUAGAAGUGAUGGUGGGUACGGCCAAGGAAGAAAUGACGGUGGAUACGGACAGAGUAGAAAUGACGGGGGACAUGGCCAAGCUCCCCCACCUGCACCUUCUUAUGGCGGGGCUGGCGGCGCUUACCCUCCUUCACAGAACCCUUAUGGAGCGAACCCUGCAUAUGGCAAUGAUUCUGCUGUUCCUCCCCUGGCAAGCUAUACUGGUGGCCCUGGAUCAUAUCCAUCAUAUGGUGCACAACCAAGUGGAUAUGGGGCUGAUGCUUCUGGAGAUUAUAGGGGUGGUGGUCGAGGUGGUCCACCUAGUGGUGGCUAUGGUGGUGGUCAGAGACAUUCAGGUGGUGGUUAUGGUGGAGAAGCUCCAGCAUCUGCUGAUGCACCUGCAAAAGUGAAGCAAUGUGAUGAAAAUUGCGGAGAUUCCUGUGAUAACGCAAGGAUUUACAUCUCAAAUUUGCCACCGGAUGUUACUAUAGAUGAACUUAGAGAACUUUUUGGCAGCAUUGGAACAGUUGCAAGAAUCAAGCAAAAGAGAGGCUACAAAGAUCAGUGGCCUUGGAGCAUAAAGUUAUACACUGAUGAUAGUGGAAAGAACAAGGGUGAUGGUGUUUUGUCAUAUGAAGACCCAUCAGCUGCUCAUUCCGCCGGUGGUUUUUUUAACGGUCAUGACAUAAGAGGAUAUAAAAUUAGUGUUGCAAUGGCAGAGAAGUCUGCUCCAAGGGCUCCUCAGUCUUUUGGCCAUGGAGGCGGUGGUAGAGGUGGUUAUGGAGGUGGAGAUCGCCGAAGAGAUUAUAGAGAUGGAGGUGGCCCUGACAGGCAUUCCCAUGGCGGGAAUCGAUCACGUCCAUACUGAGAAUUUCCCCGCAUAUAUUAUGUACUAAGAAAAAGUAGUCUUGAGGAAUGUUAUUGUAGUCCCGCUGCGGGUUUGUUCACAAAAGGAGCUAAAGAGGUAGGUUGUUCACUUGCUUUGAGCAAUGCCCCUGCCCCUUUACUCCUUUAGUAAUUUGUAGUUGUUAACUUUGAGAGGAUUUUUCAUCUAGGGUUGAGAUUGAUUUGAACUGUGUUACUGUCUUUUAUAGAGGCAAAUGGAUAAAUCUCAAAAUUGCUGCUAAGGUAGGUUGAACA